AUGAGUUUCGUUCCACGAACGAGCUUCGUAUAUCCCUCUAGAGCGCCUAAUUGGUAUAUAGGGCAUAUGACAAAGGGAAUGCGAAUGAUGACUGAGCAACUGAAUACGAUAGAUGUGAUUAUAGAAGCUAGAGACGCGAGAAUACCAUUAACAGGGAUAAAUUAUGAGUUUGAGAAGAUGAUUAAGAAUGGUUGGUCAGAAAGAGCUAAAUCUGGUGGACUUACAGAGCGUAUAAUUGUCUACACGAAACGUGAUCUCGCAGAAGAGAAAUAUGAACGACCACUCACACGCUCACUUAAGUCACUUACCGGUCAGCAUGUUGUUUUCACGAAUAGCAAGAAUGAUCGUGACCCCAGAAUUGUUCAGAAACAGCUAGUUUCGAUUGCUAAGAAUCAUGAAGUUCCAAAGCUCAAUGUGCUUAUCACAGGUAUGCCAAACGUCGGAAAAUCAACUUUCUUGAAUGCUUUACGAAGAGUGGGUGUACAUAAAGGUAAAGCAGCUAUCACAGGCUCAGAUCCGGGUGUUACUCGUAAACUCACUGGUACAGUUAAAAUAAACGAGAAUCCAAAUGUUUAUAUAUACGACACACCCGGUAUAAUGGUACCAUUUCUAGGACACGAUGAACAGGGAUUAGAGAUGGGUUUAAAAUUGGCUCUCACUUCGGGUAUAAAACCAGAUUUGAUAGACACAGAAACAAUUCUUGAUUACCUUCUCUUUAAACUCAAUUUAAGAGAUCCAAAAUCUCACCCACCUUUUACAGGGCAACUACCCCUAGGGGAGACUUACCCACCGACUAAUGAUAUACAUACACUCUUAGAAGACCUUGGACGUCGCGUCGGUGCACUCCGCAAAGGUGGCCACGUUGAUAUGGACAACGCAUCGCAGUUCCUGAUGAACGCAAUGCGUAAUGGUAAAUUUGGUAGAUGGACACUCGAUGAUUUCGCAGGAGAGACUUCUGAUGAGACUAUCGAUGCGCGUGUACAUUCAACUCUCGAAACGUUUCUCCAGAGACAACAAGAAACUAUAGAUAAGGACUCAGAGCGUCGAAGUAAAACAAGCAUACUCAAAGAAGCUAAAUUAGAAGCAGCCAAGCAACGGAAAGCAAAAUUGAAGAAUAAAUUUGGAUGAAAAUUGUUUAUAAUAAUCUACAAAUAAGUCUAGAAAGUUAUCUGAACUACGAAUAAAGUGGUGGGAUGCUGUUGUACUCUAUAAUACAUCUAAUAUAAA